GUUCCUCCAGUGUCUGUUUAAAGAGCAUGGUGUGGUGUGUGUUUAGGGCCAUUUGGAGAGAACUGCUGCUCUGGGAGGAGGGGACAGUGAAGUACUCUGAGGCAAGAGCAACUUCCUGAGCUGAGGCCUCACUCUCACCUGCUGGCAUGCCACCCCAAACCCAGGCUCGGCAGAGACUUUUGAUCAAAGGAGGAAAAGUUGUGAAUGAUGACCAGUCUGUGGUGGCUGAUGUGUAUGUGGAAGAUGGAGUGGUGCAGCAGGUGGGACCAAACCUAAACCCGGAGCCUUCAACUGGACUUGUUGUGCUGGAUGCUACCAACAAGCUGGUGAUCCCUGGGGGCAUUGAUACUCACACACACAUGGAGUUCCCUUUUAUGGGUAGCAGGUCAAAAGAUGAUUUCUACACUGGAACCAAGGCUGCUAUAGCAGGAGGAACAACAAUGAUCAUCGACUUUGCCAUCCCUCAGAAAGGUUGUUCUCUCACUGAAGCUUUUGAUACAUGGAAAAGCUGGGCAGACCCUAAAGUCUGCUGUGAUUAUUCAUUGCACGUGGCAGUUACAUGGUGGAGCAACAAGGUGAAGCAAGAAAUGGAAAGUCUUGUUCAAAACAAAGGUGUCAACUCCUUCAAGAUGUUUAUGGCCUAUAAAGACAUAUACAUGGUCAAUGAUGAGGAGCUAUAUGAAGCCUUUUCCUGCUGUAAGGAACUUGGGGCAGUUGCUCAAGUCCAUGCGGAGAAUGGGGAACUAAUUGCACAGGGUGCAAAGAAGAUGCUGGCAAUGGGAAUAACUGGCCCUGAGGGCCAUGAACUGUGUCGUCCUGAAGAAGUGGAAGCUGAAGCUACACAAAGAGCAAUUACCAUUGCAAAUGCUGUAAACUGUCCCCUUUAUGUAGUCCAUGUAAUGAGUAAAUCUUCAGCAAAGGUGAUAAGUAAUGCACGAAGAGAAGGAAAGGUGGUUUAUGGAGAGCCUAUUGCUGCAAGUCUUGGCACUGAUGGCACCAACUACUGGAAUAAAGACUGGGCUCAUGCUGCAGCAUAUGUGAUGGGACCCCCACUGAGACCAGAUCCAUCUACUCCUGGUUUCCUCAUGAAUUUGCUGGCCAAUGGUGACCUAUCUGUGACAGGGACUGACAAUUGCACCUUUGACAUAUGCCAGAAAGCUCUGGGCAAAGAUGACUUCACAAAAAUCCCUAAUGGAGUGAAUGGUGUGGAGGAUAGGAUGUCAGUCAUAUGGGAAAAGGGCGUUCACAGUGGAAAAAUGGAUGAAAACAGAUUUGUAGCUGUUACCAGCACAAAUGCAGCAAAAAUCUUUAACCUUUACCCGAAGAAGGGCAGAAUUGCUGUGGGCUCUGAUGCUGACAUUGUAAUUUGGGAUCCUAAUGCUACAAGGACAAUAUCUGCAAAGACACAUCACCAGGCAAAUAACUUCAAUAUAUUUGAAGGAAUGGUCUGCCAUGGGGUUCCAGUUGUGACAGUUUCAAGAGGCAAAGUGGUUUAUGAAGGUGGAGCUUUCAAUGUCACAGCAGGAGAAGGCAAAUAUGUCUCCCGUCCACCAUUCCCUCCAUAUGUCUACAAACGAGUCAGGCAGCGGGAACAGGUAUGUCAACCUGUUCCUGUCAAAAGGGCACCAUAUACAGGCUCGGUCUCAGGAACAUCCAUCAUGCGAAAAUAACAGGCUCAUUUCCCAGUUUUGGUGUUGCAGAUAAAAGCAAAUGAAAAUGACCUUGCUGCCACCACCAGCAGUUCCUUCUGGUCCCAGCAAUCAAUCCACAAUCAACUUCUCAAGAACCAACAUGAAACAACAGUAACCACUAAGCAUUAUACCCAGCUUCCUACAUAAAAUUGUCAUUGAAAUUUAUCUUGAAAAGACUUUUGCCAUAAGAAUUGGAAAAUUCUUUUUAGAAAAUAGAAUAAUAAUAAAAAAAUCCCCUAAAAUUAUAAUGUGGCAACAGGUCUGUACAUUCCUAAAAGUAUGUAAGUUUUGGGAUGGCAUUUCUUAAUGUUUAUCUUUAGAAGUUAUCAGCUGCCCAAUAAAGUAAAAGCAAUGAACAA